AGUCCUCAGCAUUUGUAAACUCAUAAAAAAUUCAUUGACAUAGCAAGGAUCCCUAUUCAUAUCUAAACGAAAAGAUCUUCCUCAUCUCAUUGGGUGUGUUGAUACAAUUCCGUUAACUUCAUUGGUCUCCACUAUUUCUGAUUGUCUCAGGCAGUGAUUUUGUCGGUCUCGUCUCUCUCGUUUCGAUAGUCGACUAUAACAUAAACAGUUUUAUCUUGUUUUUUUUUUUUUUCCUUCUUUCUUUCCGUUUGCUUCUUUUCCAUUUAAUUCUUCUUUCCACUCGUUUCCGUUUAAAAUAGGUUGAUAAAUGUCUUCUCAUAUCUUUCGAAUGCCAGGGGGUCUCAUGAAUACCGGGGAUAGUCAGGAUAGUAGUAAUAUUAAUAGUGAUAGUGAUACCGAUCCGCAAAGAUAUUACGGACAACAGAAGGAAUUACCCAAAAAUGAAAUAAACGUUCGGUUAGCUCAAGAUCAAGACCAAUCACCUUCAUCACCUUCUUCUUAUCAACAACUUUCAGCAACGGGAUCACCCACUCUCAAUAGUCCUGGCCGUAAUAAGUUUAAUAACAUAUCCAGUACGGUCAAUUCGAAUGCAAAUGCAAAUGCAAAUUCUAAUUCCAAUUCUAAUACCAAUUUAAGUGCUCUUUCAAAUUCAAAUUCAUUUCAUAACUCCCAAUAUCUGCAUGCAAAACAAGGAGGAUCCCAACAUGGAUCUCAACUUAAUUAUUCUCCGAGAAAUGAAGAUCCUUUCGAUAAUGCAAAUGUUCGAGUUUACACUCAAGCAGAUUCACAACAGAUUCCUCAACCUCCUCAUACACCAGUUUCUGUCAAUCGUCAAAGUUUGGCCCAAUCAGAUGAAGACCAACAAUAUCUUAGUUUUGCCAACGAUGCUUUUAUAAAGUCUUUGGGUAAUGCUAAAUGGCAAAAUUUUUUAUCAACAAUUCAACAACCUACAGCUUAUACUUCAGAUUUAGUUAAAUUUGAUGAAUCUUUUAAUAAUAAAGAAAAAUUAUUAAAUGAGUCCUGGGGUGGGGACGACCGUCUUAAACUGGCUCUCUUGGGUUCUCCUUCAAGUGAUGAAGAUACUUAUGUUGGAGAUGAAAAUGGAAGCGUUUUCACCAAAAUUUUUGGUAAAAAAUCAAAUAAGAAAAAUUCUAAAUUCGAUACUGAUCAUCCAAAAGUUAGAUCAAGAGCUGGUUAUUGGAUGUCUGAUGAAAAAAGAAAAGAUGUUUUACCAACUUUGAAAAGAUUAUUUGUGCAAAAUCCUUUAGUACCAUUGUUUUUAAGAAUCCUAAUCAUAAUAUUUUCAGCUUGUGCUUUGGCAUUAGCCUGUACUAUAUUUGUUUUCUCAAAACGUAAAUACGAUGAUCAAGUAAUUGAACAACAACCAAGUACAAUCAUGGCCAUUGUGGUCCAAUGUUGUGCCAUUGCGUAUGUUAUCUAUAUUUCCUAUGAUGAAUAUAGUGGGAAACCUUUGGGUUUAAGAGAUCCUUUAGGUAAAAUGAAAUUGAUUAUGUUGGAUCUUUUAUUCAUUAUUUUCUCUUCAGCAAAUUUAUCCUUAACCUUUAAUACCUUAUACGAUGAUGAAUGGGUUUGUGAAGUUGAUAAUACUCCAGAUUUAAAUUCAAUUGGUAUUUAUUACCCCACCGUCAAUUCAAUUUGUCGCAGACAACGUGCUUUAGCUUCCUUUUUGUUCUUGGUUCUUUGCUUAUGGGUUCUUACGUUUACAAUCAGUAUCAUUCGUGUUGUUGACAGGGUCAGCACCUCUUCCCCCAGAUCUGAUUAAUAUACUGUUUUUUUUUUUCGUCCUUUUCUUCUUUUCUUCCAUUCAAUUCGUACAUUUCUUUAUGGUGAGUGCCUUUUCUUCCCCGUAUAGUUAGACUUUUAGCUUUAAUUCAUAAACAUUCCUUC